CCUGUCCGAUGGAGCAUCCCCGAGCAGCACCUGUCCAAUGGCUCGGGAAGGAGUACUCCCGUCUACCACCGGUCCCUCCCCCGCCCUCCUGCCGCCGCCAUGGCCAUGGCCUGACGGGAUCUCGCCUUCCCCGCCAUGGCCAACCUCCGGUGAAGAAGCUCGCCGUGCCUACCAACGCCCCAGUUCCGGUGGGUUGCUCCAAGUUGCUUAGUAGCUUACCUUCAAUCGUUGGGUCAACGCAUCUACAGAUGAAGGUAAUUGAUGGUUGACGCUCCACUUCCUCUCCCCACGAUCUGCACAAGAAACUGAAGAAAUUGAUGAUUGAUGCUUCACUUACUCUCCCCACGAUCUGCAGAAGAAACUGAAGAAAUCCCCUUUAAAGUCUGCCCCACCUCAGCUCAUCCUUUUCACAUCAUCUUCCAGCAUGGGUGGACGUCUCCCAUAGGGUGUUCAUAGUGCUUCCGCUGGUGCUUCUCACUUCAAUCAUCUUGGUUAUUCUUCCCUUGCUGCAUGCCCACGUGCCUCACGUUUACAGCUCCUACUGGUAUACAAUGUUCCCACCCAGUGCUACUCCUAAAAUUUGAUCCAUCUCCCCUAUGGAGUCAACUACGAAAUUUAAAGAUAUUACAGUGGGACAGCAAAACUGUAAGGUCUUUGCACGGGUAAUAAGGCUUUGGGAUGCUAUAAAUACGAAUCCCAGAUAUGGAAAUGCUUUGAUCAGCAUUGAUGGCAUUCUCUUGGAUGAAGAUGGAUCCAUGGCACAAAUUAGUGUGCCUAAAAAAUUUGAAAAACAAUUUCGUGGGUUGCUAUCUCAAGGAUCUGUCUAUAUUAUUUCAAAUGUUGCAGCUAUCGAUAUCAGAAGCAAAUCAUAUGUCUAUCGCCAUCAGAAUUAUAUGCUGCAAUUCAAACAAGACACAAAGGUUCAUCCGCUACAUUCAAGAGGUGCAGAUAUACCUACACUUUCGUUCGACUUUUGCCCAUUUGAUCAGCUGCCACAAAAAGCAAUUGAUUCCAAGCCACUCCUAGAUGUGAUAGGAGUAAUAUGUGAUGUUGGUCCAUAUGACUAUGCUAGCCAAACAUCUCAGCACAAAUUUCGGAAGAUCAAAAUUCGCAACCUAGUAGAACAAACACAAGAAUUAGUUCUAUGGGGCCAGCAUGGAGAAUCAUUUGAUGAAGAAACAGUACUUAAAAAAUCUCAAGAAGGAAUUGUCAUAGCCAUUUUUGCUGGUGUAACUGCAAAUCUACAAAGGUUUACAGGUAUGAUACAAGGAUCCUCAAGUUCUGCGACACAAAUAUAUCUUGAUCUUGAUAUACCUGAAGUUCAAAAGUACCGCACCAGCUAUCAAUGGAAAUGCCCAACUCUACAAAAGCAUCUCCCUCAGGUCAAACAAGUAUCUCCACUUGAAGCAGCAGGCAAACUAUACACCAUUGAAGAAAUAUCUAACCUUCCAGCAUCAUCUUUUCAGGGAGGAGCAACCUUCAGCACUAUCGCAAAAGUAGCAUCAAUUAUACCGUCAGUCAAAUGGUACUACAAAGCAUGCAAGCGUUGUGGAAAAGGAUAUAACAACAUGACAGAUACCCCAACAUGUGGCUGCCAAUUUCCAGUUCCAUGCCCAAUGUACAAACUUCCCCUUACACUAACAGAUAACUCGGGAAGUUUGGAUGCAAUUGCUUUCGCUAGAGUAGCUGAAGACUUAGUUGAGCGUCAUGCUGAUCAUGUUUCAAUGAGUAUGAAGAUAGAAGCUACAGAUCAUGUGCUUACCCUGGAUAAGGCCAUUGGUAAAGAGAAGUUAUUCUACAUAGGAAUGAACACUGAUUCGUCUGCCAAGUACCCUAUAAAUUAUGUCCUGAGAAAAAGUUUCUCUGUCAACAAUACUGAAUCAACACCUGUUCCACGUGCUCCAAAGUCAGGCGAGGAUACAACCACCAAUGACAAUACUCCUACAACUCAUAAGCUAACGUCUAUCAGCAUAAAGGAAAACGAAAAUAGGAUCAACGCAAAAAAAAGAAUUGAUUUUACUGAGAGUGAUGCCGACAAAUCUAACAGCUCAAAGGAACUGGAAGAAAGUACUGCGAAAAAGAACAAGCAUGAGAAUGUAGAUACACUUCCAGAAAAAUUGCAUCAACAGGAACAGCCAGAGCAGGACAACUUGCACUCUGCUACAAAUGAGAAAUGAGGAAUAACGUACAUCGCCUACAACCAGAAAUAACAUAGUCCUUGUGUUCAUACCACUUUGCUCAGUUUCUAUUGUAACCAAGGAACAUUACAAAUUUUGUCCAACUACCAACUUAUCAGUGGUUCCAGUUUAUGUUCUCUGCAUUAAAAUACAUGAAUGCUAAUUUGAUUUUUGCAUUAACCAUUACUUAAAAAUCUUUCGGUUAGACAUUCUUUCCCAUGUGAGACACCUAUAUAAGACCCCCCAUAAUAUAUUGUACUCGCCACAACUUCAUCUUUCAAAUCAAAAUUUUUUGACUACCGGCACAAAAAUGGACAGCCAACACGAAGGCAACAGGUACGUCUACUGCAUAAAAUGUUGUUUUCUACAUCCCUAUGCUUGCUGCAAAUAACAUUAAACACAUAAAUCUUUCUCUAGGAUACAAUAUGAUGGACCAAGGAAUGUUCUGCCCCACUCAACAACUAAUUCAUCAAGGGCUCAGAAGAAGUACAUGGAGGCAACUGAAAAGAAAAAGACUACUCCAAAACCACCAGUGUCUGUUGCUUUCAGAGAAACCGUUGAACGUGAAGACAACACCACCAAAUACAUCUUCAAGUACAUUACGAAAGGAACCCACAUGAACAGAUAGUUCUCAACGAAGAAGACCCCAACUACAAAUAAAUUAUACCACAUAUUAUCUUCUUUUUAUGAACAACGUAUAACUAUGACUAUACAUAUGUAUUUUCUAAUUUUCAAUAAGUAUUUAUGAUUAUACA